AUGGAUCUCCUCCACAGCUGGGGGGUCGAGCUGGCGGUCCACCUGCAGACCGCGUACGGCCGGUACGAGGGCCUGUUCGGCCUGGCGUCCGCGGUGGCCGACCUGCACACCACGUUCUUCUUCUUCUUCCCGAUCUGGUUCCACCUGCGCAGGGACACGGCGCUCCGGCUCAUCUGGGUGUCCGUCCUCGGCGACUGGCUCAACCUGGUCCUGAAAUGGGUUCUGUUCGGGGAGCGGCCGUACUGGUGGGUUCACGAGACCCGGUUUUACGGAGCGGGGCCGGCCCCGUCCCUGAAGCAGUUCCCCAUCACGUGUGAGACCGGACCAGGAAGCCCUUCGGGUCAUGCUAUGGGGGCAGCUGGGGUCUGGUAUGUGAUGGUGACGGCGCUCCUCGCCAUAGCAACAGAGAAGCGAUGCCCUCCGUUACUCUACAGGUUCUUGCAGCUCGGCCUGUGGGGGCUCAUGGGCCUGGUGGAGCUGGUGGUCUGCACGUCCAGGGUCUACAUGGCCGCCCACUUCCCACACCAGGUCGUUGCCGGAGCCGUCACAGGUGUCCUUGUCGCUGAGGUGGUCUCAAAGGAGAAGUGGAUCUACGCCGCCUGCAUGAGGAAGUACCUCUACACGACCCUCUUCCUGACCUCCUUCGCCGUGGGCUUCUACCUCGCCCUCAAGGCGGUGGGCGUGGACCUGCUGUGGACCCUGGACAAAGCCCAGAGGUGGUGCGUGAGGCCCGAGUGGGUCCACCUGGACUCCACGCCGUUCGCCAGCCUCUUGCGCAACAUGGGCACCCUGCUGGGCCUGGGCCUGGGCCUGCACUCGCCCCUCUGCUCCGAGAAGGCCGAGAAGAAGAGGAGCGGCGCCGGCUUCAAGGUGGGGUGUAUCGUCGUCUCCUUGUUUCUGCUGCAGCUGUUGGACGGAUGGACGUUUUCCCACGAAGACCUCCGGACUUUCUAUUUCCUGUCUUUCGGUAAAAGCGCGGUCGCCCUUCUGGUCCCGACCGCGCUGGUUCCCCGGGCGCUCGGCUGGAUUUGCAAAGGAAAGAGAGACGACAAGAACUCGUGA